GCGUCUUCACAGGACGCUUGUCAACUGAUCUAAUUAAUUCAUGGAUUUUCAUACGAUAGUUUUUGUGGCUUAAAGCUCGAGAUGAUCUGCCUUUCAUGAUAACCGUCUAAGAAUUGGAUAACAUCGACGGACUUCAAUUAUAUAGGAUAUUUUGAAAUGUGUGGGGAACUCGCAAGGUGUUACUAAGACGAUGGAAAGCCUUUGCUUGUGGGUUUUGUUGAAAAACUAACAGAAGUCAUGAAUAGGUUUAUAACCAUGGUGUUGUUUCUUCAAUGGAAAAUUGGCUUCCCAUUUACAGCUUCGCUCGACGAAAAAUGCCAGCAAAACGAAACUCUUAAAAUUCAUUUUUGGCAGCAACAUCCAUAUAUCUACGAUUCGGGGUCUUUCAAAGACCUUACAGACCUAAAGGGGAUUUUUCCGAUUGUUUUACAAGAAAGCUUAAAGGUCUGUUGCCAGGCAACCGUGAGGGUUAAACUUGUCAAAGAAAAAGAMGGUCCGGCUGUACUAACGGAUCUUUUGGAUAGAGAGGAUUUUGAUAUAGUGGUUCCUGUUAAUGGUGUGUUAGCUACAAGAAAUAUUCGUGGUUUUCCAUUCAUUGGUAUCGUGCCUUCGACAGGUGUUGCUAUUUUAAUGGCCGCUAAUGCUUCUGGCGCAAAGUUGUUGUUAUCAGUCCUUCAAGCCUGGCCUGUCCUUGUCUUUAUCAUCGUUUCUGCUGUUCUUGCUGGCGUACUGAUGUGGUUUUUGGAGAGGAAGGAUAAUUCACUUCAGUUUUCUGAAUCGUUUAGUUCGGGUAUCUUUGAAGGUUUCUGGUGGGCUUUCUGCACCAUGACAACGGUUGGUUACGGUGACAAGGCUCCUAAGACCAUCAUGGGGAAGAUCGUAGGCAGUGUUUGGAUGCUUGUGGGUGUCAUUAUUAUCACUAUAUUCAUCAGCAUCAUCACUACAGCACUAACAUCAGGCAGUUAUGAGCAGUACUCUUCUAUCAGGGGAAUGAAGGUGUCAGUUGUCAACCAGAGUGUGGAACACAAUCUUGCAAUACGUAAAAAUGCUGAAGUUGAAGCUCUUCCUGACCAAGACAUGGCUUUUGAUCAACUGAUUAACCGUCAAGUGCAAAUAUCCCUGUUGGACACGCAUGCGUUGAAGUACCACAUUUCAUAUCUAACGAGUAAACAUGUGGUUGUCGCAAGUGUUCUACGAAACUACGUCAGCUUUGGCUUCCUGUUGUCCAAGAAUUCAUCGAGACUUGAAAGCUGUCUAAGGGAUUUCAUGGAAGUGAAGGAAAACUGGAAAUAUGAACUGCUGAGAGCUGCCGUUGGAAGUAAAAGGGUUCAUCUGACCGCAGGGGAAGAUUACUUUGGCAGUGGUGGCAUCUUCAGUAUCUCUGUCUACUCUGGUUUAGCAUUGUUUGUAGUGCUAUUCGUCGUUGGUCUAGUUUGGGAAUACCACAGCUCCAGGAAGCGCAAACAUGUUAAACGACACGAAAAGCCUCAGCCUCGCUUAGAUAUAUACAACGCAACUAAGAGUCCAAACGAAGGUAUCUUAAGAAAUGGCAACUGCAAAACUCAACCAUCAUCAGCUACACCAUCAAGCUUAAGACAAACCACAAGAACCCAUCCUGGUAGGAAUCCCACUACACCUCGACAUAUCAACAUACUAGAGCGUUCACAUCCUACUAAAAUAUCCUAUGGGAACACCCCAUGGGAAAAGCUGAUGACUAGACAGAAAAUGGAGGUCAUGAAAUUGGAGUCUGAGUUUUAUGUUUUUCACAAGGAUUGGGAAAAACGCUACAAAGAAUUCCAAAGAAAACAAAAAAUGGAAAGAAUGGGGACCGCCCACAAGGAAUACAGAAAUGGAGGCCAAACUGCACAUUUAAGUGGCACAGCAUUUUAAAUUCUUAUGCAGUAAUUUGAACAUCCAGUAGCUUUCAAAGGUACGUGGCAAAGCUGCCUGCAAAUUUCUAAAGCCUCCAUAUAAUGGCAAAAUCUUCAAGCCUUGCACAUGCAUAUAGUGAACAAGCCUACAAAUAGUGACACAACCUUCACAAAGGACCAAGCCUUCACAUGUGAUCAAGCCCUUACAUGGGAUCAAGCCUUUACAAGGGACCAAGACUAACAUGGUGGUCAAGUCUUUAAAUGGGAUCAAGCCUCACCUGAUGGCACAGCCUUUACAAGGGACAAAGCCGUUAAUGGAGACCAAGCUU